CAGAUUUUUCAUUUUCCUUGUGGUUCUGCCUCAAUAUCUUAACUAAACAACAAUGUUCGCGGUAAGGACCACAUUCCAGCUUGGACGCCUCGGCUCAUUCAGUCGACAAAUCGCCACGAAUGCUGCGAGAAACGCGGAAGCUGUUGCAGCCACGAUGGGUGCCGAAAAGAUGACGAUGCCGGUUCCUGAAGGUACGGAAAAGCCGGCCGAUCCGAAGCUCGUAUCCAUCGUGGACAGCAUCGCUAGGUUGAACCUGCUGGAAGUAUCCGAGCUGAGCACGCUGCUGAAGCGAAAGCUCAACCUUCCCGAUACCGCCAUGAUGCCGGCUGGAUUCGGUGCAUUUGCUGGUGGUGCCGCUGCUCCGGCAGCAGUUGCCGACGAGGAGGAAGCUGCUCCUAAGGUGGUGAAAACCACGUUCAAAGUGAAACUGGUCAAGUACGACGAAAAGCAGAAGGUUGCGCUCAUCAAGGAAGUGAAGAACUUGCUGGAGGGCAUGAACUUGGUACAAGCCAAGAAGUUCGUAGAAAGCACACCCACCAUCGUGAAGGAUGAUGUUCCCAAAGAGGAGGCAGAAAAGCUGAAGGAAGCCUUUACCAAAGUGGGAGCUGUAGUUGAGAUAGAGUAAUCAUCUUGGGGCGAUACUGCUUGUAUUUACUAUUUAAGAUUUAGUUGAACUAGG